AUGGCAUCAACCCAGGUUUACUCAAACAAGACGAAGCGCUUGGAAUCGAAAAAAUCACAUUCUUGGUGGUGGGAUAGCCACAUUAGUCCCAAAAACUCCAAGUGGCUACAAGAAAAUCUUGAAGAAAUGGAACAUAGUGUCAAAAGGAUGUUGAAACUCAUAGAAGAGGAUGCGGAUUCAUUUGCCAAAAAGGCCGAAAUGUAUUACAAGAAGAGGCCGGAGUUGAUCAAUCUUGUUGAAGAGUUUUAUCGUGUAUAUCGGUCAUUGGCCGAGCGUUAUGAUCAUGUGACUGGUGAACUUCGAAAAAAUAUUCCUUCAGAUCUUCAAUCCCAGGGCUCUGGCAUAUCUGAUGUUGGGUCCGAACCGCCUUCUACUGUGCCAUCUCCUGAUCGAAGGCCAAGUCAACGUAAAUCUGGGCCCCGUGCUGCUGGAUUUGAAUUCUUUCUCGGCACUGGUGGGAGUAGUUCGGAUUUAUGCACUAAAGGGGAGGAAUCAUCAUCGUUGGAUUCUGAAUCAGAAUCAGAUGAUUCAUCCGUUAACAAUUAUUCAGGUACACAGAGCACCGAUGAGGAUCAGGGGCUGCGCCGGAGGAUUAUUGAGUUGGAAGCUGAGCACCGUGAGAUGAAAGAGAAACUCCGGAUGCAGCAGAAACAGAUUUCCAAAUUCUCUGUUAAGAAGUCAGAUGAUGAAAAUUCUCAAGUUCUUGCUAAAUUAGUAGCAUGCGAAGAAGAAUUGAGGGCUGCGAAGGAAAAGAUACGGCUAUCUCAAGAAGAAAUUAAUCGUCUGACAAUUGAGAUUCAAAAGUAUAGAUCUCUAGAAGAUUCAAGUGAUAUGAAGCAGAAAGAUGCCAAAGUUUUGAAACCCGAUGUUGACGUUGAAAGAUAUCAGACGAGAGAGCUUCAGAAAAGUGGAGAUGGAUCAGAACUGGAAGAUUCGGACCCAGUGAACAAAAUACAGAAGCUCGAGGAAGAAUUGGGAUUAACAAGAGCGAAGCUUCGUGAAUUGGAAAAGGAAGUUGCCAGUGCAAGGCAGGAACACACGAAAAAGGACUCCAGCAUUCAAAAUUUUCAAAAUCAGCUCAAGUCAGCGCAAAAGGAGGUUUCUGUAUGGAAAACCAAAGUCGAGAGAGAGAAAAGAGAGGCUUCUAAGCUGCAGGACAGGAUUGCGAGGUACAAAGCCAAUCUUUCUGAUCGUGAUCAAGAAAUCAGAGGAUUGAAAGAAGCAAUAAACAACGCCAAUAAGAGCUUAUCCGAUGAAAAUGGGCAACUUUUAGCAGAAAUAACUAGAACCUUGAAGGAGCGAACUUAUUUAGAAGAUAAUCUAAAAGAAUUGGAUUUACGCUGCCAAACCUUAGAGGAGGAUGUUAGACGAGUCAAGGCUGGAAAAGAACAGAUGGAAAAUAUGCUCAGAGCUCAAAUUGAGCAGUUGAAGGCAGAGAUAACUGAGAGAAAUUAUCACAUAGAAGAAUUAAAGAAAAGCUUCGAUGUGCUGAAUCUGAAAUACGACAUGCUGAUAGCCCAAAAAGACAAUCUUAAUGCUAAGAUCGCUGCACUUUCUGCAGAGAUAAUUUCUAAAGAUGAGCAAGUGGAUAAAAUCAACGUUGAUUUGAUUUGUGCACGCGAACUGGCAGAGGAUCUUCGAUCACGAGUUAAAGAAUUGGAAAUAGAGGUGGAGAAAAGGCAAGAAAUUAUUAUGGAAGGAGCGGAAGAGAAACGAGAAGCAAUAAGGCAGCUUUGCUUCUCACUUGAGCAUUACCAGAGUGAGUAUCAUGAACUUCGCAAGGCUGUUACAAGGCACAAGCGAUUACCCGUGAUGGCAUCCUAA